AUGAAAGCCGCACAAGACGCAUCCCCUGAGGCUGAGCAUGAGGACGACCUCAAGGCCAACUUGCGCUCACUCCAAGAUGCCCAGGCUGCCACAACCGCAGAGCAUGAGACAACAUUGCGCCAGGCUCUUCGUGAGAACUGGAAGGCUGCGCUCUGUUUAAUGUCAAACUUUUUCGGCUACCCGACCUUUCAGCGCAAAUUCGGCUCAUAUUAUCCUCAACAAGACACUUGGCAGCUCACCGGAGCAUGGCAAGCCGGUUUACAGAACGGAACGAAUGCUUGUGUCAUCAUUGGCGGCUUCAUAAACGGAUGGGCAUCAGCCAAGUUUGGAUACAAGGUCGUCACCCAGGUUGCCCUCGCUUGCAUGACGGGCUUCAUCUUCAUCUCCUUUUUCGCCGUCCGCAUCGAGAUGCUUCUGGUUGGACAGAUGCUUUGCGGGCUGACUUGGGGCGUUUACGCCACAACAAGCCCUGCGUAUGCUUCAGAAGUGUGUCCGCUGGCAUUGCGAGGUUAUCUAACCGUCUACGUCAACUUGUGCUGGGCCAUGGGCCAGUUUUUGUCGAGUGGUGUCCUGAGGGGCAUGCUCCAGUACGACACGGAAUGGUCGUGGCGUGUACCCAUAGCAAUCCAGUGGAUGUGGCCCGUUCCCAUUAUGAUUGCUAUAUUCUUCGCGCCCGAGUCACCUUGGUGGUUGGUCAAGAAAGGCCGUUAUGAGGACGCCGAGAAGUCCUUGCUUGCUCUAUCGAAUCGCAGCCGUGAGCAAGCCCAGGCCACCCUCGCACAGAUGCGGCACACCAUCAUGCUAGAGUCUAGCAUUGAGUCCGACUCAAAUUAUCUGGACUGCUUCCGCGGCACCAACCGUCGCCGAACGGAGAUUUGCAUGGUCGUAUUCGCCGGGCAGCAGCUGUCCGGCGCUGUUUUUGCGUAUACACCGACGUAUUUCUUCCUUCAAGCGGGUAUCAGCACGGAAAACGCCUUCACGAUCGCUAUUGGCAGCACAGCAAUGGCCUUCAUCGGUACGUGUGUCUCGUGGGUCCUGCUCACUUACUUUGGCCGCCGCACGCUGUAUGGGACUGGUAUCGCCAUGGCAAGCUGCUCUCUCCUCAUUGUGGGCAUCUGCUCAGCGGCAACGACGGCGCCCGGCGCCCAGUGGGCUCAGGUGGCCUUCGUGCUUGUGUGGAAGCUCAUCUACUCAAUGACUGUGGGACCAAUCUGUUACGCCAUCAUCUCCGAAACAUCGGCCGUCCGGCUCCGACCACAAACUGUAGUCAUUGCGCGCAACACAUACGCCAUGACACAGAUCGUGGCCAACGUGUUGAACCCGUUUAUGCUCAACCCGAUCGAAUGGAACUGGAAGGGUAAGGCCGGUUUCUUCUGGGCCGGCACUUCGGCAUGUGUUGCGAUGUGGUCUUACUUCAGGCUGCCUGAGACGCAGGGCAGGACUUAUGAGGAACUAGACCUACUGUUCCACGAGGAGGUCCCCGCUCGCAAGUUCAAGUUGACACAUGUCGACCCGUAUGCGGAGCGGGUGGCCGAGGCCUAA